AUGGCGCUGCUCUCAUUUCGACUUAGCAUUGUGUUUACAAUAGGAUUACUGCUGCUGAAUGGAUUCACAUCCGAAUCUUCAGUGCUCGCGUUUGUCAACGAGGAAGGACCGGAGCGGUUGCGGCUGAUAGCCGCGCCGCCGGCGCACGUGAUGGUGACGACGGGCACGCGCAACUCACCCGUUUAUCUGCCGUGCCAAGCGGAACUGGAUCUGGGUGCGUCGGAUGGCAUCCCGAACGGCAGCAGUUACGGCGACGAGUACCCGAACGAGCACACGGACGAGGACGACGACGAGGACGGCGAGGAAGAGGGCUACGACGAUGACUUCGGGGGCGCGGAAGAAGACGAGGAGGAGGACGAUGAGGGAGAUUUUUUGCCCCACACCGCCCCACUGCUCAACCACAACGAGCUGGUCCCCAGCGAUGAGCGGCGGCGUCGUCCGCAGCCGCGCGACUAUCAUACCGCCGAUGACGGCGGUGGCGGCGGCGACGACGACGAGCAGCAGGACGUGGAGGAACGCCGGCAGCAGCAGCAGCGGCGGUACCGGCGAAAGCGUUACGUGCGUGCACCAAGCCGAGGCUUUUCGGGCGCGCGGUCCCCGGGAGCCGGCUACUACGGAGCGAGCAGCUUCGAGUACGUGUGGUACCGGAACGAUCUCGAGUUUCUGACUACCACCUUCCAGAACGAAAACCCGACCCAAACGCACAAAGGGUUCUGGCUGUACGAGAACGGCACGUUGCGCAUCCCGCCGUACACCCGGCUGAAUGGAAACAUCGUGGCCGGCGUGUACCGGUGCAAGGCGAGCCUGGCAUCGCGCUCCGGGCGCCAUCCCGGGCAGGGUACGAUCCUUUCCACCGAGACGGUCGUCUCGAUCGCUUACUUGGAGCGAGACAAUCGGAUCGUCUUUCCGAACAACACCAUCACCAGCCGGCCGGGCGUGGCGAUCGUUUUGCCGUGCCCGUUCCAGAGCUACCCGGCCGCCAACAUCACUUGGUCGCUGAACAAAAGCGUCCUCCCGCUCUACGGCAAUCCUGGCGGCACGAAGGAAAACAGAUAUUUUGUACUGCAAAACGGUAGUCUGCUCAUCAGUGACGUCCACUUGGCUGACAGCGGAAGGUAUCGGUGCAACGCAACCAACAGCUACGUCGCCAAGAACGUGCGCAGCUCGAGCGUAAACUUGUUGGUGUUGGGCACCACGAUCGACACCGCCGGGCAAGCGGAUGCCGUAGUGCAGCGAUUGUUGCCUCCCCUCCAGGAGCCGCUCCAGGCCGUGAUGGCCGGGGAUACGCUGCGGUUGCACUGUGCCUGCUACGACGGCUGCAGCCCCCGGUGGACGUUUGUGCCGCACCAGAGCCAGAUUCCGAUUGUGUUGGAAAACUUUACCCAUCAGGUGACGUUCGUGAACGUGUCCGUGGAGCGCCACGAGGGCGUCUUUAGCUGCCAGACACCGGACGGGUUCCACCGGCAAUCGUUCAACGUAACGGUGCUGGUGGCGCCCACGAUCGUGAGCCACCUCACGUCCUACACCUCGUCCGUCGUCGCGGCGAUGUCGUUAAACUGCACCGUGGCCGGUAAUCCGCGCCCGGUCGUGACGUGGUACAAGAACGGGCGCAAGAUACGCAACAACUACAUCGUGCAGUACAGCUAUCCGAUCCUCCGCAUAAACACGCUCGACCCGGAGGACGAGGGACUGUACCAGUGUGUGGUGAAGAAUGCGGCCGGCGAGAUAGCGGGCUCGUCCUACCUGACGAUCCGUGACAAGCAGAAGUACCGGCACAAGGCGAAGCGCCCGGAAGCCAUCCGGUGCUACCCGGUCGAUACGACCAGUCUGUACUUAACGUUCGAAUUGGCCAACCACGUGAACCCGGCCAUCGACUACAUGAUGUACUAUCUGGCGAGCGAAGAUGAUCCGUCGGACGGUGGCGGCUGGUACAGUUCCCCUCCGACGCAGCUGACGGCGAACGGUAGCCUGCGGAUCAGUGGCCGCGUGGUGGAACCGUUCCGCCGGUACAGCGUGUUUUUGCGCUCGUGCAACUUCAACGACAUCACCGGCAGUGAAACGAACGACGGGCUGCCGCCCCAGCAGAUGGUCAUCGUGUCGCGGUUGUCGCGCGCGGUCCAGUGUGCGUCACAGGGAUAUCCCAUUUUGUAUACAUUUUUCCCCAACAACGGCAUCUUCAUCUGGUGGCCACGGUACGGCGGUGUGCAGCCGACUGCCUUCACGAUACACCUGCGCCAGAACAAUGGUCAGGCCAAUUUAACGGCCAGCUUCACGAACCAAAUUAUCGGCACGGUCGAGCCGCUCGAUGACUACAUGACGUACGACGAGCUGGAGCCACUGCUCGGGCGAAUCGAUGCCGAGACGGGUGAGUUCCAGGACUGGCUGUGGGACGAUAAUGAUGCUGCUGAAAGUGAAGAACAGCAACAGCAGCAACAGCAGCAACAGCAGCAACAGCAGCAACAGCAGCAGCAGACCAGCCGACGCCGGCGAAGCCAUCACCACCGUAGCCGCAGUCGGCGCCAGAGCGAGGAGCAUCGGCCGGCGUUCGAUUUGUCGAAAGAUCGGAAGCAAAUCUUUGACUCCCUUGCCACCAGUGCCGUUGAGCUGGACCCGGAGACGGUCGAAGCGUUGCGCAACACCAACGGAUCGGGCCUUGGCGCCGUCCCGUUGGCUGGUGCGGCUGGGCGGCCCGAAACGGAGCGGAACAAAACUUUGCGCACCGGCGGCGGGCCACAGCAGCGAAUCACGGUAACGCGCUUCAAGGUAGCUGGCAACGUCACGGGAAUACUGUUGCCGAACGUGCGCAACGUGAUGGUCCGGGUGCUAGGGUCCAUCGCACCGGACGGUGAACCGAUGGAGCAGGAUCUUCGAUACGUGCAGUGGAAGAUGAUUGAUGUUGCCGCACCGAGAACCGAUGCCAUUAAUCGGUUCCAGGCGAGUCACGUCGAUGCGCGCAGUGUGCAGUUCACGUGGAGCCGUUUCAUUGCGACCAAGCUGGUGAACCGGUGCCUGCAGUUGUGCUACAAAAACGCAAUCCACGACGCGCUCCAGCGUGGCUCAAGCCAUUUCGAUUGCCAAAAGAUCCCGAAAGAUGCAACCCACUACAACGUAAAGGAUCUGCUGCCGCUUACGUUAUACAAAGCUUUUCUGAAGCCGUGCGAAUCGAAAGAGGCGCUAAGUGAAAUUUUGGAAUUUACAACGAAACACGAUGUGCCGGGCCCGGUGACGAACCAUGAGCUCCACCGGAAGGGUGGCACGAUAACGAUCACCUGGGGACCGCCCGCAAACCGGAACGGCAUCCUGCACGGCUACAUCGUCGAGUGGGUCAACGAGGAUAGCGUUCAGCAUACGGCCAAUCUGACGGCCGACACGGCCAGCUUCACCUUCCCGAACGUGACGUCCGACGAGCGGAUCAACAUUUCGAUUCGCGCCCUCAGUAGCUCCGGUAUCGGUAUACCGAUCUACCUGAACCUGAAGCAGUACUUUCCCGAUCCGGACGGUGACGAUCGAGCGGGAACGUCCGGCGGCACGACACUGAGCCGCCACUUUCAGCUGCUUCAGUUCGCACUCGCGGCCGCCCUGUUUAUUCUGUUUUGCCUAAUAGCCAUCUGCUGCUGUUUGUUGUUACGCCGCAAAGCGUGCAAAAAAGCUUCCGGGACCGGUGGUGCCGGAAGCGCCGCCGCGACCAGUCUAUCGACCGAUGCGGUGGGCGGUAGCCGAACGCUUCACCAUCAUCAGCCGUCCAGCUCCGAUACGGCCACCCUGCAAAUGAUGAGCAUGAUGAUGGCGACCGGUUGUAGCAGUGACGUGCACGAGAUGCAAACGUUGAUCCGUUCGAGUGGCAACUGUGGCGUUCCGCAGCCGAACGGUGGCGUGUUGCUGGCAAAUGGUUUCGCUGGCGCAAUGUACGGUAACUCGACUGGUCCGCCCUCGCUGGGUGUGGUGCGCCAGAAUCACAUUGCAACGUUCGGGAGUGGCAUUGAGCCGGUGCCGGGUACCACCACAGUUCCGUUGAACGUAACGAUCACACGUCGGAAUCAUGGUUACAGCCCGAUCGCCACGUACAAAGAGCUGCUCGACCGGGAUCAUCGGCUGCACGGCCUGCCCUCCUCCGCCACUACCGAGGCCAAGGGGAAUGAAUUCCCCACCAUUACCGCCCUGGUAGACACGCCAACGUUCGGUACCGACGUUCGUAUCGCAACUAACCCACAGUAUUUAGUAAGUAAUGGCUCAAGCAGUACCUCCACGAACCAGGAUUCUGGCCGGAUCUCCACGGGAACCCUCGCAUACACCGGCGAUGAUCACAAGCGAUCACCGACCCUGUCCUUCUCUUCCAAAUCAUCCUGCGCCGUUCUGACACCCUCGCCGUCGUCGUCGUCGUCCUCGUCAUCGUCGUCGGCGUCUCGUUCGGAGCCACCGCCGCCAACGUCACCGGUGCCCCUGGAUAGCAGUCGGCGCCCGCUGCUAGACGCAACCUUAGAUAGUAACACCAGCACCGGCACUUAUGUUGAUGAGUUGUUGACACACCCGCAAACGGCUGCAACGCCUGCAGCACCACCCCAACCACCACCACCCACUACACUAGAAUUGUACGAUUACGAAUACGCAACGAACUGUGAUGAUGAAAAAAAUCGUUUACCUAGCAGCACCGACCGGAAGCAGCAACAGGCACAGGUUUUGAUAAGGGCCGACUUCCGCCCGGUGGCGCGGUUGACCGAACCGAACGAGUUACCACCACCAACCCCGUUGGAGCGAGACGUUGGUGGCAGCACAGAGGCAUGCAGAGGGACACCAACGGCUCUGACGACGAGGAGACUACAGGGUGGGAGUGAUCUAGCAAACGAUCACCCUCGACCAUCCACCGGCGAGGACGGUGUGAAGGUUUCGGUUCGCAAAGGCCUACGAUGCUACAGUCUCAAAAGUGAUACGCCCGUCGGAAACGGAGCGGAUAACGAUGAUGAUGACGACGGCGGCGAUGACGACGACGACGAAGAGGACGAGCUGGACAAUUCGUCGUCACUGUUGAACACGAGCAGCCUCAGUACAAAACCCCUCCAUCAGCAGAACCACACUUCCAGCUGGAACUUUCGACGGCCAAUCAUUGGCCCGAAUGGCUAA